AUGGUGUCGACGUGUAUGGAUGCCGAUGUCGAUGAUGACGAUAUCGAUGAUGCUGGUAUAUUCAGCAUCGCCAAUGACUACCAAAGUGAGGAAGAUGACGCACUCACUGGUGAAGACAGCGUUAUUUCAGCAGUGCACACGAAGCGCACUGCUGUUGACAAGGAUGAAUCAGCAGAGCAAUUUCUGCUCACUCGCGAAGCGGUUGUCCGCUUCGUUCAAGACUCUAUUACAGAUGCAAUAGACGGACAGAAUAGAAAUGCAGAAAAACAUGGAAGCGCAAAUGCUCUUUCAUUUAAUGAAGGAGAUUAA